AGAAACGCCUCUGCGAGUGGUUCGCGAUUCGACAGGUUCGGGGAGGAAAGCUUUCGAAAUUUUGCGAUCGUCGCGAGUUGAUUUUUUUGUUUGCUGGAGGUGAAAAUCGGGAGAAAAAACGGCUGCAGGGAUCAAGCUUUGACAGCACCCAUUGAUGGUCGUCAGCGAGAGGAAAAGCUAGUUCCGGACGGCAAAGCCGUUGAUGGACAGCGUUCGAGUUUGCUGGAAGCUGCCGGAGUCGCCAAUUUACACAAACGCCUUAGCGCCGAACCCCGAAAGUGUAAAGUGGGAAAUGAGUUCUGAAAACAAGGCUGGGCGCAAAAACAAGCAAAACAGCGCCAGCUCAAAACUGGCAAAAGUGAAUGAGUAAAAGAAGGGAAAAGGGGUUUGCAGAAAGAAAGAAAAAAAAACAACGCAAAAAAGGGGAAAAAGUUCACAGGAAGAGGUGAAAAAGUAAAGAAAUAAAAAGGAGAAAAAAAAGUGUAAAAACGACUCAAAAGCGCUGCCAGUGAAAAGCGCUUAACCAAAAGUGAAGGAAAUAACAAUAAUAGGAAAAGCGUUACCGAAAAUACGUGCUCAUCGUUCCGUGUGCUGGUUUUUUUUUUCGCGCGGCAAAAAAGCGUUUUCUCUGCACACCCUCGUGUGUGUGUGAGUGUGUGAGGGUGUGUUUUGACCCGUGAAAAGGAAUCACCCACCGGAGAGGGCUAAAUUGAGGCCACGCUUGCGGGGAGGUGCGAGCUUUUCCCACCACGUUGCAAAACAAGCGAGCACCUUUUUGAGAGGGGAGGGUGAAAAUUCAACCCGAAACCAAAAGAAGCGAGUUUGUGUGUGGGUGUGUGGGAGUGCUUUUUUCGUAUGCAUUCGCCGGGCAGAGCCAGCACCACAACCGCCCUCACCAGAACCAUCAUCGUAUGAUAAAGGAGUAAAAAAUUAGCACCAGAAGCAGCAGCACCAGGAACCAAAUAUGUGGCUCCCAGCGGCAAUGGAUUUACGGCUCCCGAUACUCUGUUUGCUGAUAGUGGCAGAGACAUCCCUCGGACUGCAGAACGUCCGCGUGACGGUGCCGACGGCGAUCCGGAGGGGGGACACGGCGCACCUGUACUGCAACUACGAGAUGGAGGACAAGGAGAGCCUGUACUCGAUCAAGUGGUACAAGGGCCGGCGGGAGUUCUACCGGUACGUGCCCCGCGAGACGCCCUCGAUGAAGGUCUUCAGCGGCGUCAGCGGCAUCGAGGUGGAGCCCACCCUCUCCAACGCCAGCCUGGUGGUCAUCAAGGCCGCCAACGUCACCGGCAAGUACAGCUGCGAGGUCUCGGCAGACGCACCCUCCUUCCACACAAUGAUCGUGUCCGGUGACAUGGAGGUGAUAGAACCACCGGUGGACAAACCGUCCAUAAUUGGAGUGCAAACGAGGUACCGUCCGGGGGACAUUCUGCGAGGCAACUGUUCCUCCCUCCACUCGAAACCUGCCGCCAACCUGUCCUGGUCGAUCAACGAUGUGCCGGUGCUGCAACAGCAAACCAGACAAUACAGAUCUAUCAAGGAUGAAAGUACGGGACUGGAGACUUCGGUGCUGGGGAUCAACGUGAUGGUUUCACACAGUCACUUCAACAAAGGAAAGCUGAAGCUCAAGUGUGAGGCGUCGAUCCACCAGAUCUACCACGAAAGCACCGAGCGGCUGCUGGAGGAGGACCGACCGCGAAUACUGGCCACCGGGACGUCCAGCGGGCAGCACAACAUGAACCUGUUCCAGAGCAGCGUGUACGACGGCGAGCUGACCGACCAGGGCGAUCGGUACCUCACGAUGAACGGGUACAAAGCAGACAAGGCCUCCCCGCCGUCGUCCUCGUCCGCUGGCAUGGUCGUCGGCUCGUACGUCAAAGUCUGCUGGAUCACCUUCUACGUGUGCACGAUCUGCACCGUCCUGCUGUACUCGCUGCGCGUCGGAAUCUCCUGAUUGUACAACCUGAAGGAAAUCAUCAAAAUAUAAAGCCCUCCCACACUUCUCUCCCUCUCUCUCUCUCACUCUGUCCCCGGAGGAAAUGUUUUAUACUUUUUGCGUUCGGUAGAUUGUUCUUUUCGGCUGUUGUUGAGCUGAGUUGAAGGAAGAAAAAAAAACACUGUGAAAUUAAAUAAAAGAAAACAAACACAAAUAAAAACUAGUCGACAUUUUUAGAGAGCGAGUACCAUUGGGAAAGGGGAAAAAAGGGUGAAGCAAAUUGCAAACAAAUCUCAAGCGGAAACAGAAACCAAGAAAAUUAAACCGAUUUUCUGCCCAAUUGUAUAAAACAACAAACCAAGGAAGCGACAAAUUUUCCGCCGGCAAAGGAAAAACAAAACAAAACAAACACUUUUAGUGGAAUAGUGGGAGCUAAUUGGAAACGGAUUCGACUGCCAGUAACAGAGCGAGAGUUGAACAAAACAUCGGAAAAAUUGCUGCAAAUCAUCGGCAACGGGACGAACGAACGAACGGGUGCUGUUUGGUUUGGACUUCAGGAAGCUGGAAGCUGUAAUUAACUGCACUCAAGAGGGAGAGGAAGCAGAGCAGCAUCGAUGACGGCGUGAUAACCUCUUAGAAAGUAGUGGAAUGCACAGAGCGAACGCGAAUUCCGCUGUAGAGUGAGCCAGAGCGGUUGAGAUUGAAAGUAAACAUUGGAGUUAGGUUUAAGAGGUAGUAAUUAGUGAAAUUGUAGAGAGGCGAGUGAGGGAGCUGGAAACGUUGCA